ACCUGAGUCAUAACAACAUCAUUACUUCACGUGUCAGCAUAACUGAGCAUUCUUCUCGUAUAUUAAAACAAGUGAAGGCGUUGUUACGCAGUGUUCAGUAACCAUGACAACCGCAACCAUGCUACUGCUCCUGAUGGCUGCAGCUUCAACCAUCGCCUUUUCUCCACAGGAAGGGUCCAUCGGGCCUGAAAACGGUCACAGAUUUCUGGUGGACGUGCCUGUUUACCCUUGGCUUCUGGUUCGGAGGCGUCGCGACGUCCCCGCAGCUUCCAAGUCUGGAUCCGGCGCUGUUUCUUUCGCGUCCAGCGGGAGUGGUUCUGGUUCAAGCUCCGGCUUCAGUGGCAGGGGCGGGUACUCCGACGGGACACUAGGUUACAACUCUGUGAACCCUAGCGGCUUCGCGUUCCCGGGAGCUGACGGGUACGGGGCUCAGAGCCCCUACGUGGGGUAUCAGCCAGCCGACUUCAACUCGCUGUUCCAGCAGUAUCUGACCUUCAUGGAGCACCUAGCACAGCAGCAGGCUUACGCCACGAAUGACAUCAGCAGUCGGGCUGCAUAUCCUGCACCGAAUGACUAUGGGUUUGCGUUCCCUGAAGCAACAAAUUAUGGUGGCAGCGGUGGGGUCCCCUCAGAUGGCGGUGCAGUUUCUGCUCAUGCCUCCGCCAGCUUAGGUCCUCGAGGUGGCUUUGGUUCGGUAUCGAUUUCACCGCCCCCUCAAGGUAAUCCCGAGCUUGGGACUCGGAUGGGCAGCGUUCCACCUUCAGACGGUAACAACUUCUCUGUGUCCUCGUUCUCGUCAAGCAGCAGCAGUGACGUAGACGGAGUCAGGAAGAGUUCCAAGGAAGCUACGUCCGUCAUCAACGACAACGGGAAGGUCACGACGUAUCACGUUGGUGACCCGUAAGAGUGAAACUAAUAUGACAUAAGUCCUCAUGUCUGCGGAAUAGAGAAACAGGUCUAGACACGUGCUUAACAUUUCUCAGCAAUUUUGGAUUUAUAUUUGUUACUGCUGUAGGAAAAUCUAGACGUCAUGUCAUAGAAGGUAAAUAAAUCGAUUGACAGGCGUGUUACCCAUCAACAGAGCAUAUGGUUUAAUCUGCGUGCCGGUUCAAAGCUGCCUGACUAGGUUUUAACAGUUUUGUAUCUGAAUUAAUAUUUUAGGCUUUUUUAACGUAAUCUUCUCUCAUCGGAAAUAAAAACAAUUUUAGACGCAGUAUUUGUGAUAUAAUUCCGUGAGCAAUAUAUGAUUUGUUGGAGCUCUGUUUGAAAAAAAUGUCGUACUUUAAUUUACGCGACGAAAUGAAGCUUUUUAGUGUCUAAAAUUCGUUUUGAAUGAGGAACUUCUAUUCAUUUUAGCUCUUACAAAUUAACUUACAUUUGGAUAAGUAUCCCCGUUAUCAAAAGAACAAACUUGUUUCGUGUCCAGUAUUUUGUUUUCUAAUUAUCGCAAACUGACGUCAGAAACUUUUACCACAGCAAUAAUAAAUUAAAUUGACCAUUUUAAUACCAAACUGAAAUUUCCCCUGUAUAUUUUAAUGUGCCGAUUGAUUUAAUUAACGCAAACACUUGAGCGUCCCGCGACACGGCACAAAGGCCUAUCAUCGAUGCACUUCUUGUUCGUUGCCAAUGUCGAGAAAGGUUAGGACAUUUCACACAAAGUUAAGUUCUGUAUUUUGACUUCAGGGAAAUGUGACCGGGAGAAGGGACCGAUUUCUCUGUGCCGCUGCUGAGGUGUCCUGUUCGUGCAGGACUUGUUACAGAACUUUUGCUAUUAUCAAUUUGCACUGUUACAUUUUUUUGCACACGAAAGUGACUUGAGUUAGUACCUUAUUUUGGUCUAACACUAUUAAUAAUUGAUAAUGUUGGUUUCUGAAGGAGAAAUAUAUAUUUGUAUGAAGUAUUUGAAAUUUCCAUUGGUAUUUUUCCAUGGAAACGAAAUAAGUCGAUUUCAAAUUCCUAAAGGCAAGAAACAAUAAAUAUAUUCGAGACCAAAUGAAUCAUGUAUCUGAGUGAGAUAUCUGAAUUUUGGCAUUUCAAGUGUUAGAAGUACUUUCUUUUGUAAUAAUGUGAAAUCAACAUUUCUUACUUCUUUCUAUCACUGCUAAUAUUUUAAUAUAUUUGUACACUAGGUAAAUAACACUUAAUAAAUCACAGAAGGUUAUAAUGUAAUAAACAUAUGUGGCAGGUCA